AUGGCGUCCUGGGCCCUUCUGGAGCUCCAGACUCCCAACCAGAGCCAGCCCCUGCCCCCGAACGCCACGUCCUGUGACGAAGCUUGGGAAGCCUGGGCGCUGCUUCACAGAGUGUUGCCCACCUGCGUCCUCUCCAUCUGCCUCUGCGGGCUGCUGGGGAACCUCUUCGUGCUAUCCGUCUUCCUCGUGGCCCGACAGCGUCUGAAUGCGGCAGAAAUCUACCUGGCCAACCUGGCAGCUUCUGACCUGGUGUUCGUCUUGGGCUUGCCCUUCUGGGCGGAGAAUAUCCGGAACGAAUUCAACUGGCCUUUCGGCGCCCUCCUCUGCCGCCUGGUCAAUGGCAUCAUCAAGGCCAACCUCUUCAUCAGCAUCUUCCUGGUGGUGGCCAUCAGCCAGGACCGCUACCGCGUGCUGGUGCACCCCAUGGCCAGCCGGAGGCGGCGGCGGCGGCGGUGGGCCCAGGGCACCUGUCUGCUCAUCUGGGCCGUGGGGGCACUCCUGAGUCUCCCCACGUUCCUGCUGCGCUCCGUCAAGACUGUGCCGGAGUUGAAUGUCUCCGCCUGUGUGCUGCGGUACCCCCACGAUGCCUGGCCCUUUGCAAGGAUGGUGGAGUUAACCCUGCUGAGUUUUCUCCUCCCGUUGGCUGCAAUCAUUUUCUUCAACUAUCACAUCCUGGCAGCCCUGCGGGGGCAGCGGGACAUCCGCAGGACGAGGUGUGGUGGGCCCAGGGAUGGCAGGACCACCGCCCUGAUCCUCACCCUCGUGUCUGCCUUCCUGCUCUGCUGGGCGCCCUACCACUUCUUUGCCUUCCUGGAGUUUCUGUUCCAGGUGAGGGCUGUCAGAGGCUGCUUCUGGGAGAAUUUCAUCGAUCUGGGCCUGCAGAGUGCCAACUUCUUUGCUUUUGUCAACAGCUGCCUGAAUCCAGUGAUUUAUGUCUUUUGGGGCCAGCUUUUCAGGACCAAAGUCUGGGAACUUUAUAAACGAUGCAUUCCUGGGAGUCUUACUCGGGUAGCCUCCUCCCAUAGGAAAGAGACGCUCCAACUUUUCUGGCGGAAUUAA